CUCUUCACCAAGGUAAUGAAAGUCGAAGGAGCGUCAAUAGAGCUAGAGAGGGGCUAUGUGCAAAUAUUAUGUUGGACAUUUUACAAAUCCCUGGGAGCAUCAAACUAGGCCUAUAUCUAUACUAAUAAAAAAGUAAUAAUAUAGCAGUGUUGAACCCCACCGUACAGGAGCGACACAAAAUAUUGAAUUCUACUUCGAAUGCUGGAGGGAACUAUAUGCUUAAAUGUUUCCAGUGACGGGUGCAUAUGAUGUCAACCAGAUCUUCACCACAUACACUGACCCAGCACCCAACAGUACCAGCCUGGUAACACACCUCAUAGUCCCCCAGUCACAGCAGCCAUCGGAGACAGACACAUCAUCCCCGGGGCUAUGAGCAGACUGAUGGGCAGCAGCCGCAGAUCGAGUACCAGUAUGCCUGCAUCAAUGAUCCGAGUCAGAGCACUGCCAAUGGGGAAGGUAAGAUGUUGUCCUUAUUGAAAUACCAGAUGAAGGAAGCAAAGAGGAUUUGGAGGACGAGACUUGCUACACAGAGCACAACUUGUCGCUGCUGCUGCAGGAGAAGGAAAGUCUGGAGAAGACUCUUGAGGAGGAGCGGACCACGUGGGCCCAGACAGAGCACAGAAUGAAAGGUACUAUAGAAAGGCUUCGUACAAAGGUUGAGUAUUUGUCCAACACAAACAUGUCACUCAAGCAGCAGCUGUCCAUGAUGCACACGUCCAGUUUGAAACGUCUGACCAACGACAGCGAGAACCAGUCCAUUUUGCAAGAGUUACUGCAACACAUGUCUGAGGAGCACACCCAGCUGCUGCACCACCAUCUAGCACAGCUACGGCUGUACGCUCAGGCCUGUGCAUUAUCCAAAUCAGCCCCCGAGGAAUCUGCAGCUGAAUCUACAGUCUUGGUACCAGACCUGGCUGACCAAUCACAGGACAUCUCACACAUGGCCAUGAUGUCGUCCUCGGAGGGCACCCUUGGGAACAUGGAGCAGACAGUCGUCAUGACGAUAACGUCUGAGGAGGAUUCGGAGCCGUCGGCAACAUCGUGGAUAACCCCGGAGAUACUGUGGGACAUGACUCCUUGACUUUGGAUAAGGACGUUCACUUGUCACCAAAUGACAUUCUGUACCAACUGACAAGCGAGGGACUGUCAUCAAGACAUGCCACCUCUGAGUCGGGUCACGUUUAUCAAUCAGGUAGAACUCAUUCACAUCACAACACAGGCUGUGAUGUCACGCAACAGGAUUUUCACAAGAACAAAAGUUUGAAAUUGGUUCUUUCCAACAGCACGCCAAAAAUAUUCUGCCCCGACGGCUUCGACAAAAGAACGUUUGAAGACAACAUGUCAAAUGAGGGACCACCAUUAAAAUGUGGGAGAACUAAUAGCCUGAAAGCCAUUUAACUAAUCAAAUCUGACUUAUUUUGUACAGUGUACACUCAGUGUUGUCUUAGGGCUUAGUUGGGGGGGGGGGGACUUGAACUAAUGAGUUGAGUUUUCAUGGAAGUUUGUCUUACCUGAAGGAAACAUUUUACCAAAGCAACUGGCCUUGGUCUCUCCUAUCUUUUUGAGUUCUCGAUGUGCAAUCCUGAAUCCGCUCAGUGAAUGGACGUCAUUGUAGGCCCCAACAGAUCCACGUAGGUCCUCAAACACUUUAAAUCUAUUACUGAAACAUAAACGAUGCAAUUAUGAUUAACAUUGAAACAUUUGGUCGUAUGUAUAAAAACUAGCAUUUGCUUUUUUUUUUACUACGUAUUUUUAAGCAUAACUUUUAUUUGCAUGAAUAAAAAUGAGAGCAAAUGCUUUCACUAUUUGCU